AUUUCGCUGCAAAGCUAUAAUAUUUUUACUAGUUUAGCAGAAUCUCUAGUUUUGCUUAUUAUUGCACAUAGAGACUAUUAUUCUGAUUAUCCAUUAUUACCUUGGGAGCAUGGUACUGAAGCACUCGAACAUGUAUUUGGAAUUGUAAGACAACUUGUACCAGAUUUUACAGCUUAUGAGUUUUUUAAAGUAAUGCGAAAAGUAAUGUACCAUGAUAAAAUAAUUAGAAAUGGAGAAUUCAAGUGUGAUAAGGAUAAAUUAUCAGCGUCAGGUUAUGUUAUUGAUAUUGAUACACGUAGUAUUGAUUCAAAUAUUUUAGAAAUAUUACGAAAGUGGCCUUCUAACUCUGAAAUUUAUGAUGCAAUCCGAAUUGCUUAUCAAAAUGCAUAUAAUUUUGCAAAAAUGGUUAAUUUAGUAUCCAAUGAACUAGAAUUAACACCUAUUGUUUUUGUAAAUAAUAAUAGUUUAGCGGAUGAUUUAAUACAAGAUAAUAAUGAAAAUUAA